CCUCAGAUGUCCCCAGAUGUCCCCAGGGCCACCCCAGGUGUCCCCUCAGAAGUCCCAGAUGUCCCCAGGUGUCCCCAAGGCCACCCCGGGUGUCCCCUCAGAAGUCCCAGAUGUCCCCAAGGCCACCCCAGAUGUCCCCAAGGCCACCCCAGAUGUCCCCAAGGCCACCCCAGAUGUCCCCAGGGCCACCCCAGGUGUCCCCUCAGAAGUCCCAGAUGUCCCCAAGGCCACCCCUGGUGUCCCCAGCUCCCGUCCGGCCGUGGCCGAAGCCCCUCAGGCGUCGCCGCUCGCAGCGUCCGGCCCGGCCCAGCAGCUCCACCUGCACCGGCCGCGCCUGCUGGCCACCGUGGCUACCAAGAGCCUGGCCCUGGUGGCCACCGUGGCUACCGAGAGCCUGGCCCUGCUGGCCACCGUGGCUACCAACAGCCUGGCCCUGGUGGCCACCGUGGCUACCGAGAGCCUGGCCCUGCUGGCCACCGUGGCUACCAAGAGCCUGACCCUGGUGGCCACCAAGAACCUGGCCCUGGUGGCCACCCAGAGCCUUGGGAUUGUCCCCGCUGGCCCCUUGGCCACUGGACCUGCAGCCGCAGCCACCGCGGCCACUGCAGCCUUGUCCACCCUGCCAGUGGCCACCAAACCCAUCCUGGUGGCCACCAACCCCUUGACCACCACCCCAGUGUCCACCAAACCCAUCCUGGUGGCCACCACCAGCUUCAGUGUUCCUGCUGCUCUGGUGGCCACCAACCCCAUCUUGGUGGCCACAACCCCCUUGACCACCACCCCAGUGGCCACUGCCGCCAUCUUGGUGGCCACCAAACCCAUCCUGGUGGCCACCACCUUCAACAUUCCUGCUCUGGUGGCCACCAACCCCAUCUUGGUGGCCACCAACCCCUUGACCACCACCCCAGUGGCCACCACCGCCAUCUUGGUGGCCACAACCCCCUUGACCACCACCCCAGUGGCCACCACCGCCAUCUUGGUGGCCACCAACCCCUUGACCACCACCCCAACGACCACCACCGCCAUCUUGGUGGCCACCAACCCCAUCCUGGUGGCCACCAACCCCUUGACCACCACUCCAAUGACCACCACCGCCAUCUUGGUGGCCACCAACCCCAUCCUGGUGGCCACCAACCCCUUGACCACCACCCCAAUGACCACUGCCACCAUCUUGGUGGCCACCAACCCCAUCUUGGUGGCCACAACCCCCUUGACCACCACCCCAAUGACCACUGCCACCAUCUUGGUGGCCACCACCGCCAUCUUGGUGGCCACAACCCCCUUGACCACCACUCCAACGACCACCACCACCAUCUUGGUGGCCACCAAACCCAUCUUGGCGUCCACCACCGCCAUCUUGGUGGCCACCACCUCCAUCUCGGUGGCCACCACCCCCCUCCCAGUGUCGCCGCUGGCCGCCGCGCCGCAGCGCCCGCACGCCCCCGCCCCCGCCCCGGGGGCCACCCCCAGCGCCAGCCGCCGGCCCGAGUGGGCCAGGGCGGCCACCGCCGCCGGCCUGGUGGCCUCCAGCUCCUUCAGCAGCGCCCGGGGGUGGCCGCGGAAGGCCAGGGGGGCGUGGUGGCACUCGGCGCUGGCGUAA